UAUCUAUCCCAUCCACAGCUGCUUCAGGCUUUGUUCAUCGUCACACCCGCAAGUGGAUCGGUUUGCGUCCUACCACAUUCCCUCGAUGGCCUUUCCCUCAUGCUUGACUCCUCUAACAUCUCUUCGAACUACAACACAUCCAGACAUUGGUAUCGAUACGCGAAGUCCUAGAAAUCCAAAGCACAAGCAAGUCAAUUCUGUGUUCCAAGGCAGCCCUCCUGUCAAAUCUUUCUCUCUCAUCACAAAGGCGGCCAAUAAUAACCGAAAUACAAAACCCAAUAGCGUGAUUUGCGCAGACUGUGAUGGAAAUGGCGCAGUUCUCUGCUCUCAAUGCAAAGGUAGUGGGGUGAACUCUGUUGAUAUCUUCAAUGGACAGUUUAAAGCCGGUGAAUCCUGUUGGCUUUGCGGGGGCAGGAAGGAGAUGCUGUGCGGAAAUUGCAAUGGAGCUGGCUUUGUUGGCGGCUUCUUGAGCACCUAUGAUCAAUAGAAAUCCGGACCGCCUCAAUGACAAUGAAUAUGAUACUCUAUUAAAACACACACACGCACUUACUCUUUGUACCCACAAGAAAGUUCGGAGUUCAGUGAGGGUGGAGAAAUUAAACUCACCAGUCACCCCCAGUGGAGGAUGAAAAUAUUUCCUAUAUAUACAUUUCGUGGCAGGUGAUUCUCAGUUCACUGGCUGUCAUCAAUAUCUUAGGACAAGUAUUUGUUGGA